AUGGUAGACUUGUUGCACGAGUACUUAUGGCAACUGGCGGACGUUUCUCACGAGUACGCCGAAGUGUUGGGCCGCACAGAAGUAAACCUGGACGACGUAGGCCUGGCAUUUCAGCACAUGAACAUCGACCUGAGCCAACUGGCAGAGUACGUCGAGAACGUGGGGUCGAUUCCUUGCGCGAUCCAAGUCCCCAAGUACCCUAUACCCCGCGAGGACCAUUUGAACUUCAUGAAACCGGGAAGCCGGGAGGUGCUGAAGCGUCCAAUGCACAUUCCGGAGUACUUGCCGCCAAUGUACCCCAAGCUGGAGGAGCUUGAACCAGUCAAGAAAGAAGUGAGCUUCGAGAACGACGAAAACGUGAACACCAAUCAGACCACUCCGAUGGUCGGGCCGGCUGUUGAGAACCACAUGAGCGCAGUGAUUAAAAACCCAGUGUCCGACGUGAUGAAGCGACCUGGAGAUCCUCUGCUCGACAGCUUCGCCCCUGACAAGCGUAUCAAACUCAGCGACGAAACCAAAACCCUGAGAGAGAUCCAGAGUGUCAUGAUGACAACUUCUGGGUUUUUGUCGCCUGCUCGCGAGGGUAAAUUACCUGAAUCCCGGACUCCGGCACAGAUUCGCUCCGACUCGCCUCCCGCCGUCUCCUAUCCCAUGAACCCUUGCGAACUUCCGGUUGACAAGCCCAAGGAAAAAGAAAAAGAGCCGGAAAAAGUGAAGGAGAAAGAAAAAGAAAAGAAGGUUGUCAAGAAAAAAUUAGAGUACCAAAAAGGUGACAAAGAAAGCAAGAAAAAAAUCCGCGAGCAGGAAUUAUUUAAAGCUGAUAAAAUGGUGACUGUUAAACCGAAGAAAGCCGAGGGUAAAAAUGCGACUCCGAAGCCUCCCAAGGGUCCAGUAGGCCGGCCCAGAAAAUUUCCUCUGAAAGUUCCUGUUGAAAAACCUCCGGUUGGUUUUAAUGAUAAUAUUAAAAAAUUACCCGUAGAACCUGAUAAGCAAAAGCUGACAAUUUUUAAGAAAAUUUCAAAGGCUCAGGAACACAACAAGGUCCCUGAUAUUCCUGAGGUUAAAGUUAAGGAACUGGUGUCUCGCGAAAGCUCACCGGAGAUUAUUGUUGAUGAGAUAGACGACGAGCCAGUUGUGGUUAAAAUUGACCAUGGAGAAAAAGAGAAAGUGAAAAGUAAUAUUGAUGUCGAUUUUGUUGAUAUCCGGAGUCCUGAUACAUUUAUCAGCGACAUGUCACCACCGCGAACUCCCACAGUUCCCAAAACUCCGGAGAUAAAAGUCCCGGGAAUAAUAUCUGACCAGGAAAUAGUGAGGAAGAUGGACCGGCCAAAGACACCUGAGUUCAAGCCUCCGGACAGUUUGUUGCCGAAGGACACGAUGAUUCCACCGGGAAUACCGUUCCCAAUAUUUCCGCCGUUUCCUCCCGGCCCGGGGCUAAUUCCGUACCCGAUAAACCACCCGCUGAUCCCAAGGAUGCCUCUGCCACAGCCGAGGCUGCUUCCGGAGCAGAUCAAGGUCGAGCGGGAGAGAGAAAUAGAGAUUAUUGAGGACAUUAAGCCACCUCCGGUGGACUUGAUGCCCAUUAGGGGAAUUAAUAAGGCUGCGGAAAGUCUGCCUGCCCAUCCUGUGGUGAAAAUUGAGAAGCCUGAUAAGAAGAAGAAGCACAAGGUUGAUAAGAAGGACAAGGCUAAGAAGAAAAAGGAAAAGAAGGAAAAGCACAGGGAAAAAACUGAUAAGGAGAAGAAAGAAAAGCGCAAGGAGAAAAAGGAAAAGGAAAAGGAGGAAAAGGAGAAGGAGAAGAAGGAGGAGAAAGAUAAGGAGAAGGAGAGAGAUAAAGACAAGGAAGAAGUUAUUCCUAAACUCACUCUCAAGGUCGACUCGAUCGCGGUCAGACCUCCGACUCCGGAAAAUCCGAUUAAGAAGAUCACUUUCAAGCCGCUACCGAAGAAAGUCGAAGAGCCCAAGGCUACUACUAGUCUGGCUAUUUCUUCUCUGGUUAAGGAAAAACCUCUCAAGGAGAAGGUUAAAAAGGUUAAGUCGCCCAGUGAUGCCAAGAAAGCCCUCAAGGCUGAAAAGGCAGCCGAAAAACAUAAAGAAGUAGUUCCCGUUAUUGCUGCUACUAUUAUUGGUCCGGAUGGCAAGCAGAUUUGGAUCUGUCCUACUUGUGGCAAGCAAGAUGAUGGAACUCCCAUGAUUGGCUGCGACGAGUGUGAUGCCUGGUAUCACUGGAUUUGUAUUGGCAUGCAUGUUCCUCCGGCGUCUAAUGAGAACUGGUACUGCAGUUUUUGUAUUGCAAAAAAAAGAAAUGAAGCUAUUCCAGAUAAAAAGAAGCAAAAAAAGAAAGUUAAGAUUAAUGUGUAA